GCAACUGCUGCAAAAGUGGUUAGGACAAUGGAAAAUUCAAAAGAAGAAGUUGUUGUGAUAACUAAUGUUGAACAAGCAGUACUACCAAUGUUAGAAGAUGAAGAUGUACAUACCAAUAAAUCACCUACCUCCACCAGUAAAGCAUCUACCUCAACCAGUACAGCACCUACCUCCACCAGUAAAGCACCUACCACCACCAGUAAAGCACCUACCUCCACAUCUCAAACUCGGACACAGUGGAAUCAGAGAUAUGAAAAAUUCCUAUUAGAUACUUAUAAAACUUUUGAGGAAUCCAAAAAACCAAUCAAAAAUAAAUGGGGAGCUAUUGCUGAUCUUGUUAAUAAAGAACUAGAUGUGAAAUUUACAGGAGACCAAUGCAGGUUGAAAAUUAAAUGCCUAAAGGAAAAAUUUGACAGACAUCAGAAAAAAUUGAACAAAUCAGGAGAAGAACACACAGAAAUGCCUCCAGAGUUGGAGAUAUUUGAAAGCCAGCCUGAAUUAAAGAUAUUGUUUUAG